AUGUUCAACAGCAAAAGAUCGCGCGCUACUUAUGAGGCCGACCUCCACAAUGGUGCCGCCGUUCACGUCGCCUUCGGUACACCUCUGCCGUCCCUAGACGCCGAUACCCGUGAUGAUGGCUCAUACAUUCCACUACACAAGCAGGAGGUGAGGGACGACAAAGGCAGGCGGCGCCUCCACGGCGCCUUCACUGGAGGAUGGAGUGCAGGCUAUUUCAACACCGUCGGAUCAAAGGAAGGAUGGACACCUUCGACCUUCGUGUCCAGCCGUACGGCUCGCCGGAAAGAUGACCCGAGGGCACCAGAUCGGAGACCAGAAGAUUACAUGGAUGAUGAGGACCUUGCCGAUGCAGCCGACACAAAGGAGAUCCGAACUACUGAUCCGUUUGGGGCUCUCGGAGCUCCAUCGCCUGGUCAGCGUCUGUCCGGUGGCCUAGCCAGCUUGAUGCGCAUUCAAGGCGAAACCAUGGGUCUCAAGUUGCUGCGAAAAAUGGGCUGGAAGGACGGCCAAGGUAUUGGGCCCAGAAUUCGUAGGGUAGCAAGACUCGACAUCUCGGGAGGCAACACGCCUCACAUGGCAGAGAAGACGCACAUGUUCGCCCCGGAAAAUAUCAACAUGGUCAGCUUUAUCCAGAAAUCUGAUCAGCAAGGCCUGGGAUUCAACGACGACGACGCUCGGCUUUCGCGAGGAUCUGGCUCUGGUAGCGCUUGGGAGCACUACACUGCCUCCGGAAACGACCGCAAUGAAGUUACUAGGGCCGGUAGUGGAAUUUAUGAGGGAGAGGAUGAUGGCCGAGCUAGUGGCCUCAAUGUGCUUCUGGGAAUGUCAGAGACGAGGAAAAGCAAGCGUGGCCAGCGGGGAGGUCUUGGUGUUGGCGUCCUAAAUGACACCGGCUCAGAAGAAGAUGAUCCUUACGAGAUGGGUCCACGGAUCUCAUAUAAUCGAGUGUUAGGGGGGGGAAAGACCAAGAAGAAGAAGAAGCUUGCAGCCACCAGUGUGUCUGCAAAUCCCAGUCUCGGAUCCACGCCGGUCUUCGUUUCCAGCGCCGUCCACGCCACGAAAAGUCGCGGACACGGCAGGUGCUGGAAUGGGAAACGACCUUUGAACGGUUUUGUUCCCGGACAGUUCACAAACUCAAAAUCAAACGGGAACUCGACGGACAUGUAUGCCCCUCCCUCGGUUCCCCCUGAGUGGGCACCAUCAAGGAGCAACUCAUCCCUCGUGUCCUAUACGAAUAGGUCGACGGCAGAGGCUGCCAAAGCAGCCAAGCUAGAUCCCAUCACUCGCGCAGCAAUCCUAGGCGAGUUGACUUUGUCAGGCAAGUCUGUCUUUGACUACAUGUCGGCAGCCUCUCGAGAGCGGCUGGCGAUUGCUUCAGGGAAGACAGACUUGCCUCCAGCAAAAGGCGAGGCUCCGAUCGAAGCUAGGGGACCAGCCGAACAGCAGCUUCAGGAAAGAAUUCGCACUCUACCGUGUCUGCAGAAAGAGACCGCCCUCGCUGCCAUGAGUCGCGGGGCAGGCGCUGGGAGCCCCUAUGCCAACGACGACGCAAAACGUGGACGAUAUCGCCUUUACUUACAGAGCGCUGCGGGCUUUGGUGGGCCUCCCAUCAAGCCAUCGGAUAUGACAGAUGAUGAUUUUGUCAAGGAGAUCGGGGAAUUUUACGGAUGUGCGCAGCUUUUCAAACCGAUGACAGGUUUCAUGGCAACGAGAUUCACAACCGCCUCGACAGGAUCCAAGCAACUUGCUACCAGCAGCGGAUCAGAAUUGGCCACAGACGUUGGUGUUAGAAAAGUCACGGCAGCACCCGCACACCUAGACGCAGCAAAAGAAGCCGCCAGAGUGGGCAUGUAUGGGCGUAUGACGAGGCUGACCGAAGACUUUUUCCCUGGCAGGUUGCUGUGUAAGCGCUUCAACGUCCAGCCACCAGCACACGUGCAAUCAGACUUUGAACCCGGAGUUGCGACGGCGACAGCCGCAUCCAUUAUGCGGAGCCAUUCACCUCUUCUCCCGCCUUCAGCAGACAAAAUGGAUUCCUCACCGGGUAUAAGACAGGAGACAGCAGCCAUCAUUGAUUUGGCAUGUUCUCGGGAAGCAACGAAACCUACACUUGACCUAUCUAGGAGCGAGGGCUCAGCCAAAGAGGUGGCCAGGUCAAACGACAACGUCUUCAAAGCCAUUUUUGGUCCGCAAGACGACAGGAACGGGAAACCCGUGUCCGCCCGGCCUUCAGUUCCUCUCUCAGGAGGAAACCGUCUUUCUGUCGAAAAGAGGAACGCAGAAGAACACCCACACGUGCAAGAAAAAGCUGCUUCUGCAUCCAACGUUCGAGGACUUUCGCCCCCUCCUCAGUAUCCGACAUCCGAAGCCUCAACUUCGCGUCCACCCCCGUUCUCGUCUCUCUACGGCAAUUUCGAAACUAGCGCAAAUACCCAUCACAUAUAUUGCGAUAGUAGCUCAGCUGUUCCGGCGGCUGGAUCUUCUGUAGCAGCCCCAGCAUACGCACCCACGUCUUCUGUCAUCUCCGGUGACGAGCCCGCCUCAAGCUCCUUUGAUCAAGCCCUCACAGACACCAAACGCGGACUCCCUCAAGACAAGAAGGGCGCCACUGCGAGCAAAGACGAAGAUAACGAGCCGCCGCCAGCUUACUCGGAAGGACCCAGUCCACUUCAAUCCUUCACCUUUCUCAUGGCUACCGCCGGUGGCGCCUCGAGUAUCAUUACUCAGGUACAACAAGGAGGCCCGCCCAUCAAUGCGAUCGGAGAUGUCGGCGCCGACGAGACGAUUUCCAUGGACCUUCGGGGUACCAGAUUCGUUCUCUCAAGAGACGAACUAUUGACGUUGCCUGAGUUCGUGCUCCUGUCUCUCUUUCCGAACGGGCUCUUCCCUGAAGGUCACAUGGGUGGAUUCGCUGAAGGCGACGCUGUGCAAGUAGAUUAUGAUCCAGCAUCAUUGCAAUACAUGCUGGAUUUCUUCCGCACUGUGGCACAGUCCAUACCGGCCGAGACGUCCCCAAGCGUCGCACAGGAAGAGAAUGCAUCCGCUGCUGACGCCAUGGAAUCAAGAGAUGACUCUUCUAAACGGGCAGGCAUCAUUGUUUUGCGAGAAGACUUGGAUUUCUACGUCAUUCCGCCUCGGGCAGAUAUCACGCAGUCGGAGAUGUUAGAGGUGAAGCGAGCAGCUGGUAAAGCGCUACUCCAACAGAAUGGCAUAUUCUCUGGCUUGAAACGAAGUGACGAGCCGGGCACUACGGAGGCUCACCUUAUCGAAAUGUUGACAGCAGGCGGCUUCAACCACGAUGACAGCUGGGGCCACCGAGCUGGGGAACCAAACAAGGCAGUCGUCUGUAGCCUCGCCCUAGCGCGACUGAGAAGUGACAUUCGGGGCAAUGACAUGGGUAGCAAUGCUGUCGGUAUGGCUCAGAAGUUGCUCUUGUUCUGGCGCAAGCCGGCGAGGCGCUGUUGGUGGGAAGGCGUCGAACUUGAAAAUGUGGAAGGUGUGCCGGGGAAGCUCAAAGUCUGGAUAAGGCGAGUCUGGACAUUGGAGAUGAGCGUGAUUGGCCUCCGUUAA